GUUGAUGUGUUCGGUGCUAAAUGAAAGUGAUACACCGAAUUGACUAAAGUAGUUAAACGUUUGUGAGAAGACAUGUGAUUCGGAUAAAGUGCCUUUUAUUUAUUAUCAUUAUGACUGUGGUAAAUAAAAUUUUGUGCUUGUAGUGGUCUCCUUUGAUAACUGUUUCCAGGUUUUACUGGAAACAGUUUGGAGGAUUUAUCAGAAAUCGAAGGAAAAUUUCUUCAGUGGACAACAAGCGGUUAAGGAGGUCUCUAUGCGCAACAAGAAACGAAUUAAAUAAAAGAUCGGUGACAUAGAGGUUUUCGGGACAUGCAUGUAUCGACGGGGCCUUUGCUAUGGCUUUUCGUUCUGACGCAGACGAGCUUAGCAAUUGGCCCCACGGCUCACGCUGUGAUCGGCAAGAAAAAAGUUUUAACAGUUGGAUAUUUGACGGCCAUCAAGGGCGAACUGAAGGAUCGGCAAGGUUUGGCCGUCUCUGGUGCCGUCACCAUGGCCCUUAAUGAGAUAAAUAGUAGUCCCGAUAUUUUACCCAAUGUAACCCUCGCCUUACGUUGGAACGAUACCAGAGGCGACACAGUUCAAGCUACAAGGGCCCUUACAGAAAUGCUUUGUGAUGGCGUUUCGGCCCUGUUUGGACCAGAAGGACCGUGUCAUGUUGAAGCUAUUGUAGCUCAGGCGAGGAAUAUACCUAUGAUCUCUUAUAAAUGCUCCGAUUAUAAAGCGUCUUUAGUACCUACCUUUGCAAGGACAGAGCCACCUGACACACAGGUGACGAAAUCCGUGAUUUCCUUACUCCGAUACUAUAACUGGCAUAAAUUCUCUGUGAUCCACGAACAUCCUUGGGAAAAUGUUGCUCAAUCUUUGGAAGAGCAAGCCAAAACUUCCAAUCUGACCAUUAAUCAUAUGAUAGCCGUCCAGGAUCCUCAUAUUUGCUGUGAAAAAAAUUUGCCUUGCUGCCAGAGCGGUUAUUGGUAUCAAGUCAUACAGGAUACCAAGGACAGAACUCGCAUUUAUGUGUUUCUCGGCACCUCGAAGGCUUUGGUAGAUAUGAUGAACACAAUGGAGUCUGCACAAUUGUUCGAAAAUGGAGAAUACAUGGUUAUUUUCGUCGAUAUGAUGACCUAUAGUCCUCGAGAGGCUAAAAACUAUUUAUGGAGUUCAGAACAAUUAUUAAAGAAAGCAUCCUGUUACGAGGAACAGGGUUUUCAGAAACGUGCCAAAAGUUUACUAGUCGUCGUUUCAACGCCUCCAACUAAAAACUACGAAAGUUUCACUGAAAAAGUGCGAGAGUUCAAUGCCAAGGAUCCAUUUAAUUUUUCAACGCCGACGCUGUUUGAACAGAAAAAUUAUAUACAGUUUGUGUCGAUAUACGCCGCUUAUUUGUACGAUUCGGUGAAAUUGUACGCGAGAGCGCUGAAUGAUCUGUUAAGCAGACAUCCUGUGGUCACGGAUGAAAUAAUCGAUGAAGUUGCCAGUAACGGUACCGAGAUUAUUAAGACAAUAGUCAACUAUGGUACUUAUAUAAGUGUGACUGGAGCGACGAUAAGACUGGACAAAAAUGGUGAUUCGGAGGGCAAUUUCUCUGUCCUGGCAUUGAAGCCCUUCAACCUGACCCUGAGGGACGGCGGGACCAACUUUACCUGUGAUCACUCAAUGAUUCCUGUUGGAUAUUUCCUGUCGACGCACACCGGCGGCGCCAGCGAUUCAUAUCCGGCUUAUCAAAUCAACCGACGUCUUCUGGUGGACUGGCCGAAUGGUGUCCGACCUGAGGAUGAACCUUCUUGCGGUUUCCUGAACGAGCAGUGUCCAAAAGACGAUUCUCAUGUGAAUAGUUUAGUUGCUGCAGGAGCCCUGGCGGUUACUUUAUUCUGCACCAGUGUUAUUAUAAUGAGUAUUUAUCGAAAAUGGAAGAUUGAACAAGAAAUUGAAGGUCUGCUGUGGAUGAUAGAUAUACAUGAGAUACAUGGAUAUUUUGGGAAUGAUAUUGUGUCGUCACCCAGUAAGUUAUCUCUAGCAAGUGCGGCAUCGUUCGGUUCACGUUGCAGCAAUCAAUUAUUUACUGCAACUGCAAAAUUCAGAGGUGUAGUUGUACGAGUCAAAGAGUUGAAAUUCUCCAAAAAGAAAGAUAUAUCCAGAGAAAUAAUGAAGGAGAUGAGGCUCCUUCGUGAACUGAGACACGACAAUGUCAAUUCGUUUAUUGGAGCUUGUGUCGAACCCAUGAGGGUGCUACUGGUCACUGAUUAUUGCGCUAAGGGUAGUCUUUAUGAUAUAAUUGAAAAUGAAGAUAUAAAAUUAGAUGAAAUGUUCAUAGCAUCAUUAAUACACGAUUUAAUUAAGGGAAUGCUUUACAUUCAUGCUUCUCCUUUAAUUUGCCACGGAAAUUUAAAGUCUUCGAAUUGUGUUGUAACAUCACGAUGGAUGUUACAAGUUGCAGACUUUGGUCUGCACGAAUUGAGACAUUGUGCAGAAAGCGAUUCAAUAGGCGAACACCAGUAUUAUCACAAUUUAUUUUGGAAAGCUCCAGAAUUAUUGAGAAGCCCGAUGCAAAAUAUCCGCGGCACUCAGAAAGGAGAUGUUUAUAGUUUUGCAAUUAUUUUAUAUGAAAUUCUAGGUAGAAGAGGGCCUUUUGGUUGCUCCUCGCCUAGAGAACCUAAAGAUAUAAUAGAAUUAGUCAAAAAUCCAGUCACACAACUGAGGCCUGAUGUAUCCUUGUUACGUGAAGGCGAUUGUUGUGCAGACUAUAUUUUAGCUGUGAUGCAGGAUUGUUGGAAUGAAAUUCCUGAUCAGAGGCCUGAUUUUACCUCUGUACGCGCCAGACUGAAAAAAAUGCGCGGGGGAAAAUCAAGAAACAUUAUGGACCAAAUGAUGGAAAUGAUGGAAAAGUAUGCUAAUAAUUUAGAAGAUAUUGUCAGUGAGAGAACGAGAUUGCUUUGCGAAGAGAAGCGUAAAACUGAAGACUUACUUCAUAGAAUGCUACCAGAGCCAGUAGCUGAAAGACUGACCAAAGGCCACGGUGUCGAACCAGUAUCCUUUGAUUCUGUGACCAUUUACUUCAGUGAUAUCGUAGGAUUUACAGCAAUGUCGGCAGAAAGUACGCCGUUACAAGUAGUCAACUUUUUAAAUGAUCUCUACACUGUUUUCGACAGGAUAAUUAAAGGAUAUGAUGUCUACAAAGUGGAAACUAUUGGAGAUGCUUAUAUGGUGGUAUCUGGUUUACCAAUAAAGAACGAUGAUAGGCAUGUCGGGGAAAUUGCAUCAAUGUCCUUAGACUUACUUGCUGCCGUAAGAACACAUCAAAUAUCACACAGACCUAAUGAAACACUUAAAUUACGUAUUGGAGUUCAUACAGGGCCUGUGGUUGCCGGUGUUGUGGGUUUGACCAUGCCACGGUAUUGCUUAUUUGGAGACACCGUAAAUACGGCUUCUAGAAUGGAAAGCAAUGGUGAACCUUUGAAAAUUCAUGUAUCUCCUCAAUGUAAAGCUGCCUUGGAUAAAUUGGGUGGCUAUGUGACCGAGGAACGUGGUUUGGUGCCCAUGAAGGGAAAGGGUCAUGUACUGACGUACUGGUUGGUGGGAGCAACUGAAAAGGCUAUUCAAAAACGUGAUGUAGAUUUAGGUGAAUUACCUCCAUUGUUUUGUAGACCAAGGCGUAGUCCAAAAUUAGCCAGCGAUUCACGACGUCCAUCUUUAGUUGGAUCCUGCAGCCGUCGUCAAUCAAUAGUUCCGCGCGGAAGCAGCAUUAGUUUAAGCGUGACAAAUGCUUCUACAGUUUCUAAUCGCCGAGUAGAUCGUGCUCCCCUUUAUCUAUCUGGAGGCGGCCAAACUAACGCUACACAUGCCUCCAAUAACAGCACGGAGCAGCAAUCACGAUCGUCAUUACCACGUACUACCGAGGAAGUUUUGUGGGAAAAAGAAUCUCGACCUACUAAUAGAACCACCAAGCGUUUAAGAGAAUCUCGAUCGUUGGAUCCAUUCCCUGUUUUGGGCACUAGGAGGAGGUCAAGUUGUCCUGCUGCUGCUGGUUGUGAUAGGCCAAGUGCAUCGAGGUCUUUGGAGAAUUGUAGACUGACUGCAUUGAGUGGGCGUCGAAAUUCAGCUAGGAGAGAUUCUUCCGGAGGUCGUUGCCAAAAUGGUAGUGCAGUGGUUCUUCAAUCCCAAGACGACCAAGAUCAGGAUCCAGCCAGACCUUUACUAUCCCAGUCUGCACGUGUCGAAAUCGCCUGGGCUGCAAAGAGGUGGCGGUCGCUCGAAGCAGUCUUACCAGCCGCUGCUGCGGUGGCAGCUGGCAACCAGGAUGGCAGGAAACCACCUACCAGAGCUUCUUUAAGGAACUGGCUGUUUGGUUUAUUUGGAGGAAACGGAUUCAGGAAUAGCGAUUUGUCGCUUAGGAAGGCUGUGCUUACAGGAUACACGGAUAUGCAACCUGAAAAGGAAAGCAUAGUUUGAGAUUUUAGUUCUGGGGUAUGUAGGCUUGCAAUGUGCAUGCUCUUAAUUUCUGUUAUUGUGUUCGGUUCAGGUGAUAGAUCCAUAUUAAUUGAGGAUUAAUUACAUUUUUUACAAUGAAUUUGAUAAAUCUAAUUCAGCGUCAAAAAUCUUUUCACAAAUAAAUCAUAUACAAAAUUAUAUACAAUACGCAAUAUACAUACAAAAUUUCUUUACAGAAUUUACCAAGUUUUAGAUUACCAACAUUGUUACAUUUUUAGCUAGUCGAUGCAUUUGAAUUAGAUUUAUCAGAAUUUUAUUUGGGACUAAUUUGUAUUGAUUUCAUAUUGA